CGUCAUCACACCAGAGUCCACCCACUCGACUUACGGAGUUGGCACGUCGUCGCUCCACCACUUUCAUCCCUCGAUCAUUCCGCUCACAUAGGCCCCGCAGUCCAUUUACAGAAGAACACAAAAUGGCAGCUCAGAACAAGAUCACCCUCUUCGACCUGGCUAGCAAUGAUGGCAACAAGACUUGGUCUCUUAACCCGUGGAAGGCCCGCUUCGUGCUCAACUUCAAGGGCCUCGACUACCAGACCGAGUUUGUCGAGUACCCGGAUCUCAAGACCCGCCUGGCCCCUCACUUCGACACCCCGCUUGACGCCUACACGAGCCCUACCAUCCAGUACACCGAUGGCAGGUACAUCAUGGACUCCAAGGUCAUCGCCCAGACCAUCGACAAGGACCACCCCGAGCCGCCCCUGCACCUCGACUCGCCAUACCUCGCCAGGCUCGAGGACAUCCUGCCCAAGCUUAUGCCUGCCCUGAGCGGCAACUACGUGCCCCUCAUCCCCAAGAGGCUUCUCAACGACGCCAGCGUCCCCUACUGGAACCGCACCCGCGAGGCAAAGUUCGGCAUGACGCUCGACGAGCUCGAGAAGACUCAGGGCGGGGAGCCCGGCUUCUCCAAGGCAGAGCCCUUGCUGAGGCAGGUCACCGAGAUCCUCAGCGAGAACCCCCUCGGCCCCUUCUUUGCCGGAGAAACGGUCAGCUAUGCCGACUUCGUCUGGGCCGGCUUCCUGAUCUUCUGGCGACGCAUCGGGGACGACAAGUUCAGCGAGCUGUUCAAGAGGACCGGCAAUCCUGCCGUCCAUGAGGCCUUGCUUAAGGCCGUCGAGCCCUGGUCGGCUAGGGACAAUCACUGAGAGGUGACCAACAAGUUUAGGUUUACCGUCCUGUGCGCGCUAAAAGAGCAUGAGGGGCUGGUUAUCUUUACCAGCAGACACCAUCGGCCGACUGCGUACACCGCCGGUGGCCUCAGACCGGGUCUUAUCCCCACGCAAGGCCAUUACCCCGUAACUUCAUGGAAGCAUCGCCCAGCAGUGGGCCUGCAAGUGUUGCCUCCUCAAGAGACUGGAAUUUUAAAACACAAUACUUUUAGACUUUGAUAACUCCUUGAUAGGUGCCUGCCACCAGAUGCUCAACAUCUUGUAUGUGCAUUGUUGGUUGGUAUCUGCGUGACAUGCCUGACCCGCUUCAUAUAUACAAUUCUUGUGGAGGUGUGACAGGGCUGAGACCCGGGUUUUGAACCGCCUGGUGCUAAAUUUGUGGUCCCUAGAGUGGCGCGUUCCGAUGACCUAGACACUGUUGCCUGCAAUCACCAU